GUCAGACCUGCCUGGAGUCAGCAAAAUCAAGAUGGAGAUAGAGCGUGAAUUUGUCAGUGACCUUUUGUGGCAAGUGAUUGAGAAGGUUGCAAACGCAUCUACUCUGCAUCAUGUCAGAGGAACCUUUGAGGGAGUCCAUGAUGCCCUCUUGCAUCUAAUUAUGGGAAAAAUUAAGAAAUUAGAUCUGGAAGUCUUGACUGCAAUGUCAGAAGAGCUAAGUGAGAAUAUUUUCCAAAGCAUCGCCAGAGAUUCUUUCCAAUUUGCUAGCGAAUUGCAUUUAUUUACAUCACUUAAAUACCCACAAGUGUAUCCAAGAAUAGUGAGAAAGUUCAAGUGUCACCUGGAGAAUCCCAUUCCUCAGGAACCUACCAAAGCGAAGAGAUUUUUCUCAUCUGUGAGAGCGAAGAUCAAAACGACUUUCUUUGACAACGAGAACCUAUAUUCAGAGGAAAACUGCCUGAGUGAGGGUUUUUCUGAGUCCACUGAUCCUAAUGGUACAGAGCCAGUGCAGGAUGGCACAGACAAGAGACUCAGUCGUGGAACAGAAGCAGAACGGGAAAGAAUGGUAAGAUUAGUUCUUUGGAAGUUGAUUAGUAAGGCUUGUUAUAGAUCGGCCACAGCAUAUAAAAUGAAAGACAGGGUAUGUAUCCACAGAAGGCUUUUUACAGUACUCUGGGAAGAACUAAAAGAUCUAGACUUUGUCUUUUUCUCUAACAUGCACAAAAAACUCAGUGCAGACAUCUACCAACUUCUAAGUGGAAAUGACGAUGUGGUAAGGGAACGGCUUUUUUACCUCAUGACAUUGAACGACCCAAUUGUUGAUUUCAAGAUCAUCACUUGUUUCAAAAGAACGCUGGCACAUCCCAGAAAAGCUCAUCUCCCACAAAACUGUCUGAAAAUUUGUCAGAAACACUUAAGAAAUGUUGUCUGUAACAUGUUCUGUCUUAAACGAGUUCAUCCACGCUCAAUAAGCCCUGAGUCAUCGACUGAACCCCCUACAGGUACAGCUGAUGACUAUGAAGGGCGGUACGCACCUGAAUCCCCUGUCAGUGAACCUGAAACCCCAGAGUUGUUACGGCACAAUUUCCCAGAACCUCAAAACUCAUCCAUGACACCGGUGGAGUGUGCUGAACAUAUACGGGUGGGUCCUUGUAAUCAUGUUCUGGAAGAUCCUGAAAGCCAACAGAACACAAACGGAGACCCUACAAAACGUUUGUGAUCUGGUUUCGGAAUAUCUGGAAUGAUGAGGAAGCACACAAUCCUGAUCGGCUGAAUGUUUGCUGAAUGUUUAAUGGUGUUUAACUUUUAACGUUCGGCAAGC